AGUCAACUGCAAGUCCACAAAAAUUACUCCAUAUCAAACAGUGCUUUACCGCCCAGUAUUUGCAGCCAACCAAAUACUACUAUACUAGCAAUCAAUAAGUCCUCUUAAAAAUCUUAAUGGCGAUCAACGGAGACAAAGCCAAUCCCACUUCCGCCGCCGCGGCGCCACCGACGGUCUUCAUCUCCACCGCCACUCUCCGCCGUCUCCUCACGCACGCCUCCCUCAUCCGCCACCUGCACUCCACCCUCUCCACCAACAUCCAAUCCCCCGUCCGCCACUCCCACGAGACAACCCCUUCCUCCUCCCUCCUCCUCAUGCCGUCCUGGUCUCUCUCCCCUUCCCUCCCCUACGUCGGCGUCAAGUUAGUCACUCACCACCCCAAUAACUCCGCCCUAAACCUCCCCGGAGUGCACGCAAGUUACGUGCUCUUCAACUCCCUCACCGGCCAAACCUUAGCCACCAUGGACGCCACCGAGCUAACCCUUUACCGCACUUCUUGCGUCUCAGCUUUAGCUUCCAAAUUCUUGUCGAGGGAAAACUCCGAGACCCUUGUAAUGAUCGGGGCUGGUUCUUUAGCCCCGCAUUUGAUCAGGGCCCACCUGGCUGUCCGGCCAGGGUUGAAGAGAGUGAUAAUCUGGAACAGAACUGUUGGAAAGGCACAAUCUUUGGCUGAGAAGUUGCAAAAUGAGAGCGGAUUUGAGGGGGUGAUUCUGGAGAGCAAUGGGAGUUUGGAGGGGGUGGUGGGGUUGGGAGAUAUAGUGAGCUGUGCCACAAACUCAGAGACUCCAUUGGUGAAGGGGGGAGAAUUGAAGGAAGGAGCACAUUUGGACUUGGUGGGAUCCUUCAAGCCGUCUAUGAAGGAAUGCGACGACGAGGCAAUCAAGAAGGGGAGAGUGUUUAUAGAUAACGAGGCGGCUUUGGUUGAAUCUGGGGAGUUAGUGGGAGCAUUUGAGAGAGGUGUGAUCACAAGAGAUGAUAUAAGAGGAGAUUUAGUGGAGUUGAUAAAGGGAGAAAAGAAUGGGAGGAAGAGCCAAGAAGAAACCACUGUGUUCAAAUCAGUUGGGUCUGCUGCUGUGGAUCUUCUCACUGCUCAGUUGGUUUAUGAAACCUGCAUAAAAAAUCAAGUUCAUGGAUGAACUAACUUCUGCUCUUUUCCUGCAUUUUUUCUCUCUUCUGUUCAUGUAUCUGCAGUUUCAAUUUUCCAAUACAAAUAAAAAGGCAAUAUAAUGUCAUUCUCAGUGAACUUGUAAUUCCUGGUUUAUGAUUCUAAUGCAAUAUAUUGUAAUGCAUCAUCU